AUGAUCCUAAAAGGAACACUGAAACAGGUAAUAUUAGGGAUACUUGUACUAGCUUACUUGCAAAGAGCCAGCUGUCUAAAGGAGAAAGAUGUGAAAAAGAUAUGGAGCUACUGGAAUGAAAGGAUGACUUCCAUGCAAAAAGAAUUUAAAAUCCGUAGAAAUUUUCUUAACAACAAAGUCAAACUUUUUGUAUGUAAAGAAAUACCACCCCAAAGCCUUAGUGAAGACAUAGAAACAGGAAAGACCAACCUGUUCAACAUGGAAGCACAACUCUCAGAGUUUACUGAAAACGCAGAAACUGUGCUGAAAAAAGCAAAAGAGCUGAUAGAUUUAAACGAAGCCUCUGGACAUAGAAUGGCUGUAGCAUUAUUUCGCUCACAUUUUCAGAAAAUAGAUGAAGCAGAGGACAGUUUGCAGAAAAUGAUUCCGUCUGCCCUUGAUAAGAUUGAUUCAUUAUGCGCAAAAAUAAAAGAGUUCGACUCGCACAUGCUGGGAGUGAUAGAAAAGUGCAGUAAGAUGAAGAAAAAAUAUAGCAGAGUAGAAUACUUAAAAUUGUUUAGGCUGGCAAAGAUAAAUAAGCCUUUCGCUAUAGACAUGCUGUAUGCUCUUUUUACAAUAGAGCCGUACAAAUCAAAGUAUGAUAUAGAGGAAACGGUAGAAUACAUGCUUGAAAAACUGAGUAACUAUUUCCUUGGUAUGGAUGCAACACACUAUGCUAAUCUUAUUAAUUACAACGUAAAAAAUGGGCAUCUAAACUUACUGGAGCUAGCUGAUACACAUCUGCACACACUAUUUGAGCAAUAUGGAAUUGACUCAGAUACAGUAGAAACUUAUCUUAACCUACUGGAGGAACACAUUCCAGAUGAAGAGAUAGCGUAUUUCACAAACAUUACGCCUGAGCUGACUGUAAAAAUGGUAAUACUGGAGUAUGCAUUGCAUAGACACUUUAUGGACUACAAAAAAAAUGAUCUGUUUUGUCUUCUGGGAAGAAUAAUAGCAGCCAUUGGAAAGCCAGCAAAAAAAAGUGCAGAUGUUCAGGAAGACAAGAAGAAAGCAAGAGAGAAACAAGAUAGAGUGAUUGAUGCUCUGCACAUCCUGUGGAAUGAAUGCGAAACAUUCAACAGAGAGAAGCGAGUAGCAACUAUCUUCCCGUUCUGCAAACAGAAUCACAUAAAUCGCAGUAGCUUUGAAACUUUGCAAAACGGCUUUACGUCUGCCCGUUGGAUGUACAAGCUGAAUCUGGCUACGCCAGCAGACAAGCUUACUGAUGAACAAAAAUUAUUCAAAAAAACCCACUUUGAUAUGUCCUAUGUCCAUCCCAUGUGCUAUAUCUACCAGCGAUGCGAAGAUAUGAGCCAUUUAGUCAAGACAGAUGCUGAGUCUGAUCAAAAGCCCUUUGUGGAGCUAGGAUCAAAAAUUAUCGUUAGGCCGCACAGAGUAAGUGAAGCAGAUACUGAUUUAGUAAAACUGGAGAAUAUGAAAGAUUGCGUUAGAAUAUGGUUCAUAUCCUCAGGAGAAACUAAAAUUAUCAGUAGAAAAGAAGAUGGCGAGGAGUAUUGCAGCAUAGUAAAAGAUUUUGAAACUCACUUGAAAAAAUCGUCGUAUCCAGUUAAUGUAGAAAUAGCAGCUGAAGAGGCAGUUGAAGCUCAGACUGGUGAAAGCAAUCCUGUACAGGAUGAUCAAAUAGAAGUUAAUGAAGAUGAUAACGAUGGCUUUGAGAUAGUUUAA